AUGCCGUCUAUGUGGUUAUCAGAUACUCAGAAAGUCGGAGUGGCUUUCUGCACCGGUGGAGGCUUCUUCCUCAUCGGCGGCGUGAUGCUGUUCUUUGACAGAUCCAUGCUUGCCAUGGGCAAUAUUCUCUUCCUAAUCGGCCUCACCAUCAUCAUCGGCCCACAAAAGACGCUUGUCUUUUUCGCUCGGAAACAAAAGGCCAAGGGUACGGGGGCGUUCUUUCUCGGACUGCUGAUGAUCUUGAUGCGCUGGCCGCUGAUCGGCUUCUUUGUGGAACUAUACGGAAUUGUUAUCUUGUUUGGCGACUUCUUCGGCACCAUUGCAGCCUUUGCUCGCAACGUGCCGGUUGUCGGACCCUAUAUCGGCAUGGCGGUGGAUCGACUUGGUGUCGGCCGGCGGAGCACUGAAUUGCCAGUAUGA